ACUUAACACAGAUCAGUAGUGACCAAAAGAUAAGUGAUGUCAAGACGCGACGAAAGUGAAAAAAUGCCACCACACAAACCCAACAUUGAGAAAAACUGUGGACAAAUCUUCAGCAAAGGACCAACCAUCACACGGGAAAUCUUCGAGAAAAUGCAGAAAAAUAAAACCUACAUCAUGGGCUACCAGAUCCAGACGCGACAAUUCUGGGUACUUUCGGGACUUUCUGUGCUGUUUCUGCUCAGUUUGACGGGAGUCGUGGCCAUGUGGUUCACCGAUAUGUUCGAUAAUGCUGUUUUUGCCAAUUUGGCCAUAAUUCCCGACACCCAAAGCUACGACAUGUGGGUCAAACCGUCACCAAAACCCCUUCUUAAAGUCCAUAUUUUUAAUUAUACUAAUGUUCCGGAAUUCGAGAGUCGCGAUGACGAGAAACUAAACGUCAAAGAAGUGGGACCCUAUGUUUACGAGGCGGCGCUGGAACGUGUCAAUUCGAAAUUUGACGGAAGUCAUGUCUCAUAUCAGGAACAACGCGUUUACAAGUUUAUGCCAGAACUUUCAAUCGGGCGCAAGCAAAACGACAGGGUUAUAGUACCCAACAUUCCCCUAUUUACUGCAGCCUCGCUCAACAAACACUCAACGUUCCUGACACGUGUUGGUAUUUCAAGCUUGUUGAACAGUCUCAACGCUAAGCCCUUCCUCAGUCUCCCCGCCCACCGUUUUAUCAUUGGCUACGAGGACAAUCUCUACGCCCUCUCGAAAAGCUACAUGAAGUUCCAGAACCAGAAACCGUACGAACACUUCGGAUUGGUCUCUUCGAAUGCCGGGAUUCGUGACGACGUCGUAACAAUCAACACGGGCGCGUCCGACAUCAACAAAAUCGGCCUGAUUGAGAGUUUCAACGGCGAGCCCGCCCUUAAUUUCUGGUCAACGGCCGAAUGUAACGACAUUAGCGCCGCCACGGACGGAACCCUCUUCUCGCCCCGCCUAGUGCGCAACAAACGACCAAUCCAGUUCUACCUCAAGGAGAUGUGCCGCCCCUUGCCCCUGCACUUCAAGGAGGAAGUGAAAAUACUGAAUGGGAAAAUCCCAGCGUAUCGUUACACCCUCCCUGAGAACGUGUUCGACACACCUGAACGCACCCCGUCCAAUCAGUGCUACUGCGACUUGGAUUUGGGGGAGUGUCCACUUCAGGGCGUGUUCAACGCCACGCCUUGUACGUUCGGCGCGCCAAUUUUCAUGUCGUUUCCGCACUUUCACAACGCUGACCCCGCCCUCAAAGAGGGCGUGACGGGACUUAACCCCGACUCCGUCUACGAGACUUACGCCGAUUUGCACCCGACUUUGGGCUUUGUUAUGGCGGGGAAAAACCGGAUUCAGGUCAAUGUGCAAGUGGCCAAGGCUUUUGGGAUCAGUCAGGUUAAUAUGUUCGAGGAUGGGCUUAUGUUACCGGUGGCUUGGAUCGAAUAUGUCCUUGAAGAUAAGACACUUCCGGACGAUAUGAUCAGUAUCAUCUUCCAGACUACUUUUACACUGCGAAGCGUCGAGUUGGGGCUGAAAUACGGGUGCAUUCUCUCGACUGGAGUCACCCUGUUUUGCAUUCUGAUGAUUUUGAAAAACAAGUGGGCGAGGAGGGAGAGGACGAGUAGCGUGAGGCCUUUGCAAGCGAACGAGGAGAUUUGCAUGAGUGCGUGAUUUUUAUUUUGUACUGUUUUUCCAUGAAAAAUGGUUGAGGUUAGGUUAGAUUCCGUCCAUAUUGGAUUCAAGACUGAUUUUUGUAGCUACAAUUUUUAAUAAAUUGCCUGAUUUUCA